AAAAAGGAUACAUUCCCUGUCGACCCUCUCCUUGAAGACCCCGGAUCAAACGUCAUCAUUACCAAUGUCGCGGUUCUUAUCAAUGGUCGACAUGACACGAGUCCAGUUGGCAGCAAGCUAGCUUGACAGCCUCACCAACGUCUUCAUCUCGACACAAAUCAUGGUGCGAUGGACCCCACGCUCUUUUUCGAUUUGGAAACGCGCUUCAUUUCUAGCUUUUGUUUUCGUUUUGGCGUUCUUGGUUUGCUCUCCGAGCGAUAAAAAGCAGUCAAAUAGCUUCUUCUCGAGCAGAUAUUCCCAGCCACAGAUAUGCCCACACUCGGCCAUUGCUGAGAAGAUUGUCAUAUCAGUCAAGACGGGAGCUACAGAAGCAGCUGCCAAGAUUCCAAUUCAGCGACAGACGACGUUACGAUGUGCGGAGCACGUUUUCUUCUUUUCUGAUCUCGAGCAAGAUCUCGAGGAGGGGCAGUAUCAUCUACAUGAUGCACUUGACACGAUCUCACCUUUAAUUAUGGACAACAACCAAGAUUUUGACUUCUACAAGAAGCAACGAGCGCUCUGGAGGACGCAGAAGAAUAUCACCGACUUGAAAGGUGCCAAGCAUCCCGUUGCCAAGAGUGACCUCGCUGCGUGGUCGCUAGAUAAGUGGAAGAACAUUCACAUGCUGGAGAAAGUCUGGGCGCUGAAACCAGACAUGGACUGGUAUAUCUUCAUAGACGCAGACACAUACUUGGUCUGGACCAACCUGCUCACCUGGCUGGAGACGCUCGACCCGACAACUCGGACCUUCUAUGGCUCGGUAUCAACUUGGAAUGGUAUCCGAUAUGCCCAUGGCGGUUCUGGGUACAUGAUUUCCAAAGCACUGAUGUAUGAGAUGGCUGUGAAGCAGAAAGGAGUAGCUGCACUAUGGGACGCAAAGUUACACGAUCAUUGCUGUGGCGAUAUUGCUAUCAGUGCAGCGCUGCAAGAUUACGGUGGUACAUUGGAAGGUGUUUGGCCAUUGAUCAGUAGAGAGUCACCCUGGAGCAUGCCAUUUGGUCCAGGUACGCCUGAGUACCGGUGCUGGCCCGCGAUAACCAUGCAUCACUUGACGCCUGUCGGCAUGGAAGAGUUUGUGAAGUUCGAAGAGCAGCGACGCGACAUUUCGGUCCUACUAACGCACUCUGAAAUUCUUCAAGACUUCCUACUUUCACAAAUCCCCGAUUCUCGCUCAGAUUGGGAUAAUCUGGCAUCAGAGGCUGGUGAAUUUGGUCAUACAGGAGGUGUAUUCUCGGAUGCUGCUUCGUUUGAAGAGUGUUCGAAGACUUGCGAGCAGAAUAAAGAUUGCUUACAGUACUCGUACCAUGAGACGACCUGUUCUAUUGGAAAAAGUGUACGACUUGGUCAUGCGAGAGACGCUGAUGAGGAUGGAAGUUGGCAUAGUGGAUGGAACAAGACGAGGCUGGCGGACUGGGUCAAGGCACAGCCCCCCUGUGGCCAUGUUGCUUUUGAGGGAGAGGAUAAUUGAGUACCGGCAAGUCUGUUGUAGCUACAGCUGGAAUGAGUGAAGAUUGUGGGCUUUCUUUAUGGUGCCAAACUAGACUUCAUUCUGGGGCUUGGGCGGUGUCUUGAGAACUGGCGUUUGGUGUUUUGGAGGACCCAGACCUUGAGCUAAACAGAGGAUUCAAGAUUCUUAUGAAGAGUUAAUUGACAUAACCGUGAAAGAUAGGGUUUCCGAGGAGCUUUCGUGUCCAUCAAUUAAUCGUCGGCAUCGUCGUCAUAUACCUAAGUACAAUGCUGCUGCAGUGAGCGCAGCUCCUCCUCCUUCCCAAGCACUUGCCAUUUUCCAGCUCCCACUCUGUUUCCAGAAUACUGCGCUCGUCAACAUCCUCAUCGGUACAGUGAGAACGAAGAAAGCUCUGUUCUCUUGAUAUGCAGCGAGUGUAUAAUAGAUGCCCAUGGCGAUCGCGGCGAGAGAGUUGCCUCUCACAGUCAGCACGUACAAAUUACAGAUGAAGAGUCGGUGCGAUGAUGAUAAGUAGAAAUGGAGAGGAGAUCGGUGCAAAUCGUAGUAUUAUGCUCACCAUUUGUGGCAGGUAUGCAAGAUUCCGCAAGGCCGAGGGAUGAAACUGCGCUUGAUGGGGAGAGCAGGUGCAGGAUUCCCACGGCAAAUGCUGUGACACCGAAAAGGUAUAUGGUAACGGCGGCAAAUGUCGGCAUUUUUAGUUCUGGGUAUGAGUAUAUGAAAUUUGAGGUCAAUGGAGGUCUGUGGAAUAGUAGGUGUACAGAGGGAUGAAAGUUGAAAUUCAGCCCCAGUACUUAGGGAGGUUCUGAUGAGUAAGUCUGUGCGACAGGAAGGCGCUUUUGAUUUGCCAGCUGGUGCCUGCCUCUCUCCCUCGUCCUCCACCGAGUCUACUCUCGUCCUUCGCUGAAAUCGAGAGCCCUUUGCUUUAGUGCUUAUGGCAGCAGAACAUCACAACAACCGAUAUUUAGUUAAGCUACGUAGAGCUCUGGCGGGUUCAAGGCUGCUUAGCAGGAGUACGGUCAAAUUGAUGCAUUUAAAUGAUUCAAGUACUGAAUGAAACAGAUUACUUGAGGGGACGAUUGGUAUAGGACUUUGGGCAUAUGAGACACGAAGGACGAAUAUGUGAAGACAGUGAGAAGUCAAAGUUCAGUGCACGACAUCUGGAAGCGAGCAGCGCCAAAGCAGGAUAGUGCAAUCCUCAGUAGCAAAUACUCAGAUCAGUAACGCCUCUCUGCUAUUUUUAGAAAUGCUUUGACCAAGGAAAAGGCAGGUUUGAACUGCACCUUUGUCUGCACAGGACUCCCUCCGUCACGUGCGUUUGACUCCGCCUACACCUUCGCUACAUCAUUGUAUAUACUGCGGGAAUGGAUUAACAAAGGAAAAUGGAUCAUAGUACAGUGAUUGUCUCAGUAUUUCGUUGUCAUGAAAAGAGAUCAAUUGUUAGGAACAAUAAGUUCACGAGACAACGUACCUAUAUACGCCACCCAGACAAAACACUUUCUUGAUCCAAUAAAAAUGGGAAAAAGCGGACGCGGAGGUAACGGAGGUGGCAGAGGAGGAAAUGGAAAUGGGAACAACAACA